UAAUAAGGGUCUCCCAGCCACUCGCAUGGGCCCAGCCCUUACCCACAAAGAAACCACUAGAGCCUGUGAGGCAGGGGCCUUGACCUACGUGGGUGUGGAUCAAGGCAGGCUGCCUGGAGGAAAGAGCCCUAGGGCUGCCCAGAGCAUGGCUGGCAAAGGUGGAAGGCAGCAGACUGAGUCCAGGGUCUGCCCCACCCUUUGUGGGGCCUGUCUCUGGCUGCCUUGGUUUCUCCAUCUGCCCUCUGCCCACCCCCCCACCUCCCCGAUACCCGGAAUCCUGACCAGUGGGCGGGCCGCAGCCUGGAACCCGGCGCCCGGAGUAACCAGGCAAACAGAACUCGGCAGGACUCUGAGCCUGUUCUCCGGGUGGGCCGCCUGUGCUCCCACCUGCUGCCUUCCUGGUCUGCCCAGGCCGGGCCGCCUGCCUCCCCAUGCAGCACCCCAAACCCUUCUAUGCGCCUACAGCUCCCCCAGAAGGCUUCAGCCCCCGGGGCCUGGAUGGCACCGAGGGGCCAGGCAGCCAGACUGCUCCCGCCUGUGCGGAGCCUCUUCCUGCUGUGGGUAUGAGUCGGAGGGUAUCAGGUGUGAGGCGGGAGUUGGGGUGCCCGACGAGGUGGGGGACCAGGGCUCGGGGCUCCACCCAGCCACCUCCUUUUGUCCACAGGUUCCUCCAACCUGUAUCAGCCCCCAAACCCGGAGAAAGAGGUGUUUCCAGCCCCUCCGGCAGGCGGGUCCCAGAGCUGCUCUCAGGGCUGUCCCUCCCUGGCCUGCAGGUUUCCAGAUGGCGCCCUGCGGGUGCUUCUUUGACCCCCGCAUCUACCGAAUUGAGUGGGCCACCACCGACUUCGGCCAGUCGUCCCUGUACAAGCUGACGGCGGUGGGCGGGGGGGAAACCCCCGGGGGUCCAGCUGGGGGCCCUGCCUCGCCAGGCACCUACCUCCUAGAGCCCCAGCAGUACCUCAAGGCCCCGGUGCCCGCCCCUGCGCCCCCGCCAUACCCGCACUACCAGCCGCUGCCCGGGGGCCCGCAGUACCUCCUGCCUUACUUCCCUCCCGAGGGGCCUGGGCCAGAGGCUCUGGGCUUUGUGGGGGAUGGGGGGCCCCCCGCCUACAUGGAGCUGCCUCCGCCCCCGCUCAAGGAGACCCUGGGGCCAGCCCCGCCGCCCCCGCCGCCUGUCCCCAAGGAGAACAAACUACCUCCCCUGCUCAUCACGCUCCCCGCUGAGGCCACGCUGCCCCCAGGCGCCUAUGGCCACCUCAAGGGCCGCCUCAGUCAGUUCCACGGGCCCGGCGAGCCCCUGGCCUUCCCGUCCAAGGAGCUGCAGGGUGGGGGGGCUGGGCCGGCCCCGCUGUACCCGCCGGGCCCCGGGGAGCCCAAGGUGGCUGAGGCAGAGGCAGCCCCGCUGGGGGCGGGAGAGGCCAGAACCCCCGAGGCAGCCAGGGCCUUCGUGCUGCCUGAGAAGGUGCUUCUGGAAGAUGCCAUGAAGCUCUUCGACUGCUUGCCGGGCAAUGCUGAGCCGGAGGGGUCCCCAUGCAAGGCCCCUGGGCCAGCCCUGCCGGACAGCGGGGGCGGCGGGGACGACUCGUCUAGCGACAUCCGCUCGCUGCACCUGCCGGAUGAACUGCUGUCCUUUGACUACAGCGUGCCCGAGAUCCUGGACACCGUGUCCCACGUGGACUACUUUUUCAACUUCAAGGCCCUGGAGGAGGAGCCACCGCCCCGCCCGGGGCCCCCAGCCGCCACCACCGUGGCCCCCGCGGUGCGACCUGAGCUUCCUGGCAAGAGGAAGGCUGGCACCUCAUCCUCCAAGAAGCGGAGGCAGGGAGGCAAGGGCAAGCAGGCUGCAGGCCCGGCCAGCGCCGCCCCCUCGGGGCCCAGGCAGGACCUGGGAGCCACCCCCCAUUAAAAUGGAUUUGACCUCUUG